UUUUAAGAGCAGAAGAGCCCAUCAUUUGUUUGCUUAGUAGUUUUCAAGAUGGUUUAUUCCUACGUUCCCAGGGAAGACAGCUCUGUCCAUGGACUCAUUGAAGGAAUUGAGGAUUUAAAGCCAUGACUUUGAAAUAGCAGAUCAGAAAAUGAACGCUGGAAGCCAGCAUUCUCCUUUUGAACGCCAUUCUCAUUUCCUGAGCAAACAUUCCCUAAAAAGCCCCGUCGACUUCCACUAUGUUUCACAUCUGCACACAGUUGGCUGCCGUUGUGGGCGUUAAACGGUUAAACGACCAACCUCGGCAGAUAUUCAUGAGUUCCUUAAAGAGAAAAAACAAUUUGGAGAAUUCAAAAUAACCUCGUCAGUCUUUGGGGCUUGCAAAAUUGUUAGUAGUCUCCUGCAGAGCUGGGCUGCAAGGAUGAAUGUGCAAAGUUUGGUGCACCGUUUCUACGCCCUGCAGACCGAGCGAGUAGAAGCUUACCGCCUCUUGGAGGAGGGUCACCAGGCAUAUCUCCGAAGCAGCCCUGAUUACGACUUCCUCCGCUAUCGCCAGCUGGUGCAUGAGAUCACCGUGGCAUUCAACGGCAUUUCCCAGGAGAUCUUACAGAUCAAGAACAAUCUGGAGGGACCUCUCGGCCGGAGAGACCUUGCAGAGCACCUGGGACAGAUUCAGGAGAAGGAGCAGGAGAAACUCGAACUGGUGAGCAGGCUUCCUUGUGACCCCAUCCUGCCGAGCUCAACAGCACAACUGCAGCUUGCUAAACAAAAUCUUCAGGACCAGCCCGGAGUAGAAGCCCACAGACAGGAAGUGCAAGAAUUGAAGCACAAGCUAAUUCAAACCAUCGAAGCAAUCAGCGAAAUUCUUCAGGAUUUCAAGUAUGAUUCGGAAGAAAGCAGUUGACAGGCUGUCCCGUGGGAGAAGGAUGAAGAAAGGCUGGGGAUGGAGGGGGGGGAGAGAUGGAGACAUAAGACAUCCUCCCCCCCCCCCUGCUAAGGUUGGUCCUCGCCCGCUUGCAGCUCGCCCACCCCAGCUUCCCUCUUUCGUCAUGCCGGGCCGAUGGCCGCAGGUGAGAUGCUACAGGAGGCACAAGGCUCGGUGCUGUUUGGCCACCUGCCCGAUGAAGCCAGUUCCCAGAAAAGUUUCUUGGCACUUGGUCCCCACUGCCUUUAUGGGACAAGAAGGGGCGGGGAAUAGCUUGUUUAUGUUCUGAAAUAAAGUGAGGGUUUUUUUUUUUACCCCUUCAAUAAAAAAAAAAAAGCAGACUCCUUUUUUACUAAUCUCUCUUUUUUAUUAUCUUGAACAGACCAGAUGUUUUAUUGAUUGGUUAGCCCCAGAUGGGCAUCCUUUGGGAAGGAGGGAGACGGGGAGGGGGGGGCAAAAAAGUCAAAAUGGCAGCUCCAGGGUCUGUUUUUACAAACCUCAUCUUUCAUCGUACUACUUUUCCGUUGGAGUGAAAGCUUAAGUCUUUCUUUACAAGGGAUUAAGAAAUUGGGUUUGGAGGUGGGUCAUUUUUAACACUGAGCAUUUAUUUGGAUGUUCACCCUGCACCCUACAAUUCUGGAUUGUAGUCCUAAAUCAGGGGUAGGGCAUCUUGGCUCUUUUCUGACUCGUGGACUUCAACUCCCAGAAUUCCUGAGCCAGCCAUGCUGAGGGGACAGGGAGAAGUUUCCAAGCUGAGCCAUGCUGGCUCAGGAAUUCUGGGAGUUGAAGUCCACGAGUCAGAAAAGAGCCAAGGUUGCUUACCCGUGUCCUAAACUGUCAUGGCUAAUCCCAGAUACAUCCCCAGCACUGGGUUUUCCAAGUUACUGAAUUACAGAUACUUACUUGAUUUACAACCACAAAUAGGCCCAAAGUUUCUGUGGCUAAUGAGACAGUAGUUAAUUGAGUUUUGCCCCAUUUUAUAACCUUUCUGGCCACCAUUGUUAAGCGAAUUGCUCGUUAGUAAUAUGGUUGUUAAAUGAAUCUGGUUUCCCCAUUGACUUGCUUGUCAGAAGUUUGCAAACGGUGAUCACAUGACACCAGGAGACCACAGCUGUCGUAGAUAACAUGCCGGUUGCCAAGCGUCUGAAUGCUGAUCACGUGACCAUAGAGGGGAUGCUGCAAUGGUUGUGUGAAAAAUGGUCAUAAGUCAUUUUUUUCAAUGCCGUUGAAACUUCAGAAGGCCACUAAGUGGACUGUUGUAAGUCAAGGACUACCUAUACAAACUCUAUUGUCUGCCACAGGGCCGUGUUGGUUGAAAAUGGCAGCAUUUGUAAACAGUGAGGGAAAUUAGGAUGGCUAAUUUUUUUUUUCUAAAUGCCAUAAAAAUGAGAGACGCCAUACUUCCCUUUCUGAGAUGAGCUAAAUGGCCUGUCCAAGGUCAGUGGCAUGUUACUUUUGAAUAAUUGUAGAACGCAACAAAUAAUGAGAUUGUGGUCUUUGUCCCCAACUUUUUGCCUUUAAUGCUGUUGGAAACAAAGAUGCUGGUUUGGCCCAAUUAAAAGGAGAGGCAGGUGACAUCAGUUCAAAAGAUGGGUUCGGCUCUGGGUGCAAAACCUCCCAGAUUCGCAGAGGUAAAAAAAAA